AAUGGCUGAUGAAGAAGCUGAAGGAGUUGGAUUGCCUCAAAAAGGAUUAAAUAUGAUUAUUAAAGAUGCUCUUCCCGAUAUGCGCAUUGCUAAUGAAACACGCGAAGUGUUAAAUCAGUGUUGUGUUGAAUUUAUAAAGCACAUUUCAAAAGAAGCACAAAUGAUCUCAUCAAAGGAUCAAAGAAAGACUAUUUACCAUGAUCACGUUCAAAAAGCAUUAAAGAAUCUUGGAUUUCCGCGUGAAUAUGUUGAUGCAGCAAAUUCUGUUUUGGGUGAAUGCAAAAUUGCAGCAGAAAAACGUUUAAAACGAAAAAAUUCUCGUUUGGAUAAAUGUGGUAUUCCUGAGGAACAACUUUUAGAAAUCCAGCAAAGACUUAUUGAACAGGCUCGUCGUGAAGAAGCAGAAAAGCAGCAUGCAGCAUUUUCUCAAUUUGGAGGUUUUGACCAUUUUGCUUCAUUUCAAAAUCAAAUGGCUAUGCCACCAUUUAAUCCUAUCCAACAACCAGAACAACAAUUACAAUCUUCUCCAACUUUUUUAACUCCAUUAUUACCUUCUCAACAACAGCAAACACAGCAACAAACAUUUGCUAUCCCACAAAUACCACAAACAACAACAGCAUCAACAACACAAGUAGAACAACAGCAAACGUUUAUUCCUUCAACUAUGCCUAUGCCUUUUGGUUUAACACCUCAACAAUUAAUUGUUCCUGAAUGUUCUAAUAUUCCAACAACAUCAGAACAAUCGCAACAACAACAGCAACAAUUAAUACCAGAAUUAACAACUGAAAGAGCUGCACAAAUAUUGUUUGGGGGGAAAAAGAAUGAAAAUGAAGAGGAUGAUGAGGAAGAAAAUUAUGAUAUUUGAAUGUAGAAGGAUUUUGGGUGUGUGUUUUUAUUAUUUAUAUUUAGUAAAUAAUGAUUUUCUUUUAAUUAUCAUGUAUUUUUAAUAAAAUAGAAGAAGAUAAUUUAAUAAUGAAAUUAUUGUUAGGAUGGGGACUUCAUGAAUCUCUGAAUCUCUUACUAGGUAGUCCAACCUCUUUCCUCUCCCAUUAUUCAUUUUAGAAAUUGGAACUUUAAAUAAACCUUAAUCUUGAUUUUGUUUAAGGACUUUGACCAUGUUAUUGACCUUUAAAGAAAAAUCAAGAAACACUGAAAAAUGCCUUGAUCUUGACUAUGGAUCCAGGAAAAAUCGAGCUCUAGAUCCAGGCCAUUCUUUAAUUCCAUUGUGUUUUCUGGGUAUGAUUCCAACACUGUUUGUGCAUGUAUGUAUGGUGCGGAGCCCUUCCUUUCUAUUAGUGAUCGGUCUUUUAACUUUUCAAUUUUGUUCAUACCUCCUUCUACCCCUUUAUUCUCUCAAUUUAACUCAAAAUUUAUUUUUAAAAUUUUUUUCAAUUACCAAAAAAAAUAAA